AUGGCAGCUCAGCGGAUCCGAGCUGCCAACUCCAGUGGCCUCCCGCGCUGCAAGUCUGAGGGGACCCUGAUCGACCUAAGCCAGGGGUUUUCAGAGACGAGCUUUAACGACGUCAAAGUGCCUUCCCCCAGUGCCUUGCUCGUAGACAAUCCCACGCCUUUUGGAAACGCCAAGGAAGUGAUCGCAAUCAAGGACUAUUGCCCCACCAACUUCACCACACUGAAGUUCUCCAAGGGUGACCAUCUAUAUGUCUUGGACACCUCCGGCGGCGAGUGGUGGUACGCCCACAACACCACAGAGAUGGGUUACAUCCCUGCCUCUUACGUGCAGCCCUUAAAUUACCGAAAUUCAACGCUGAGCGACAGCGGAAUGAUUGACAAUCUCCCAGACAGCCCUGACGAAGUUGCCAAGGAGCUGGAUUUGCUGGGAGGCUGGACAGACGACCAGAAAGGAUCGUGCAAAGGAUACAGCAAUAACCCUUUCUGGAACGGAGUCCAAACAAAUCCGUUUCUGAACGGGAACGUGCCAGCGAUGUCCAGCUUCGAUGAGCUGGACCCCCGAAGCACUGUGGAUUUGCUGCUUUUCGAUACAGGCCCAUCAUCUUUCACGGAACCCACCACAACCACCACCACCAGCCCCAGCAACAUCUUCGAUGAGCUUCCAUCUGCGCACGGACUCGGCGUGGAGCCUCCAGUCAUGCGCGACAACCCCUUCUUUAGAAGCAAGCGUUCCUACAGUCUUUCUGAACUGUCCGUCCUCCAAGCCAAGUCCGAUGCCCCCACGUCCUCGAGUUUCUUCACUGGGUUGAAGUCCCCCGCUCCCGAGCAGUUUCAGAGCCGGGAGGAUUUUCGGACUGCCUGGCUGAACCACCGAAAGCUGGCCCGAUCUUGCCAUGACCUGGAUUUGCUUGGCCAGAGCCCUGGUUGGGGCCAGACCCAAGCGGUGGAGACGAACAUUGUGUGCAAGCUGGAUAGUUCUGGGGGUGCUGUGCAGCUCCCCGACACCAGCAUCACUGUCCGUGUGCCCGAAGGUCACGUGGCUCCAGGGGACACACAGCAGAUCUCCAUGAAGGCUCUGUUGGACCCCCCAUUGGGGCUCAACAGUGACAAGUCCAGUUCCAUCAGCCCGGUGUUGGAGAUCAAACUGAGCAACCUGGAGGUCAGAACCAUCAUCCUCCUGGAAAUGAAAGUUUCCGCCGAGGUAAAAAGUGACAUUUUUAGCAAAAGCUCAGUGGGUCUUCAGUGCCUGAGGAGUGACUCAAAGGAGGGUCCCUAUGUCCCCAUCCCACUCGCCUACAGCUAUGGGGACACGGUUCAGGUCCACCUGGAGAAUCUGGAGCCCUGCAUGUACCUGGCCUUCAUUGCCCAUAGCCCCAACGUCCUCUACCCAUCCACGGUGUGGGAUUUCAUCAAGAAGAAGGUUACAGUGGGGCUCUAUGGUCCCAAACACAUACAUCCAUCUUUCAAAACAGUUGUGACCCUUUUUGGACAUGAUUGUGCCCCCAAGACUCUGCUGGUCAGUGAGGUCACCCGCCAGGCCCCAAGCCCCGCCCCAGUGGCAUUGCAGCUAUGGGGUAAGCACCAGUUUGUUUUGUCUAGGCCCCAGGAUCUCAAAAUCUGCAUGUUCUCCAACAUGACCAAUUACGAGGUGAAGACCAGUGAGCAAGCCAAGGUGGUGAGAGGGUUCCAGAUGAAACUGGGCAAGGUGAACCGUCUGAUAUUCCCCAUCACCUCCCACAGCCCCAGCGAGCUCUCCGACUUCACCUUGAGAGUCCAGGUGAAGGAUGACCAGGACGCCAUCUUGACCCAGUUCUGUGUCCAGACGCCCCAGCCCCCUCCCAAAAGUGCCAUCAAGUCGUCCGGGCAGAGGCGGUUCCUCAAGAAGAACGAAGUCGGGAAGAUCAUUUUGUCCCCGUUUGCUGCUACUGCCAAGUACCCAACUUUCCAGGACCGCCCCGUGUCCAGCCUCAAGUUUGGCAAGCUGCUCAAGACGGUCGUGAGGCAAAGCAAGAACCACUACCUGCUAGAAUACAAGAAGGGAGACGUGAUCGCGCUCCUCAGCGAAGAGAAGAUCCGGCUCAAGGGACAGCUGUGGACCAAGGAGUGGUACAUCGGUUACUAUCAGGGCAAGAUCGGGCUCGUGCAUACCAAGAACGUGCUCGUGGUUGGGAAGGUCAAGCCCAGCUUCUUCUCGGGUCCGGAACUGAGCACCUCUCUUCUGCUGGAGCAGAUCCUGAGACCCUGCAAGUUCCUCACCUACAUCUACGCCUCGGUGCGCACCCUGCUCAUGGAGAACAUCAGCAGCUGGCGUGCCUUCGCGGACGCCCUGGGCUACGUGAACCUGCCGCUCACCUUCUUCUGCCGUGCGGAGCUGGACAGUGAGUCAGAGCGUGUGGCUUCCGUCCUGGAGAAGUUGAAGGAAGACUGUAACAACCUGGACAACAAAGACAGAAAGUCAUUUCAGAAAGAGCUAAUGAUGGCCUUACUGAAGAUGGACUGCCAGGGGCUGGUGGUCACUCUCAUCCAGGACUUUGUGCUCCUGACCACAGCCGUGGAGGUGGCACAGCGCUGGCGGGAGCUGGCGGAGAAGCUCGCCAAGGUCUCUAAGCAACAGAUGGAUGCGUAUGAGUCCCCACAUCGUGACAGGAACGGGCUGGUGGACAGCGAGGCCAUGUGGAAGCCAGCGUACGACUUCUUGUUGACCUGGAGCCAGCAGAUCGGGGACAGCUACCGUGAUGUCAUCCAGGAGCUGCACACUGGCCUGGACAAGAUGAAAAACCCCAUCACCAAGCGCUGGAAACACCUCACAGGAACGCUGAUCCUGGUCAACUCUCUGGACAUCCUACGAGCCGCCGCCUUCAGUCCCAUGGACUUCGAUGACUUUGUGAUUUGA